AUAUUUUUGGCGGGCUUCCAAUUAGUCGGCGCAGCAGUCGCCAUUGCUAAACAGACGUUCCGUUCUGGAGAGCAACAAAACCUGUCUGUGAUAAAGUACAGGACCAAAACUCAAAAAGGUGCUUAAGAUUAAUCUGUGAAUUCAUAAUUAAUAUUAAGGAUUAUUAUAUGUGUUUGUUUUCUUUAAAAGGAGUAACUUCUGUGUGUUUCUGUGGAAAUUUGCUUGCAAAUACGUAACUAUAUACUUUUUCAAAAUUCAGUGAUUUGGGUUUACAAUUACGAUUCCUAUAAUUUUGUUGACUUCUACAAGAAAAAAGAAGAAGAAUUUAAAUCAAGUUCGUAUUUCAUUGACCAAUCACCAUGGGUCAGGAUGUAAGCAAGACAGCAGAGAAUAAACAAAAGUAUGUCAGUAUCCCCGGAAUGAUCCGCCAUUGGUCAUGCGGGCAUUUCAUUCAUCCAAGAGGAGGCUCGAAGAACCCUGACAACGACACCAAACUGGUAAUCCAUGACGCAAUCCAUAGUAACAUGACGUUCCGCUUCGUCCAGUUCGAGGGUCCCUGGGGAUACAUAGAGCACGUCACCAGCGGCAAGGUCGUGCAUCCUCGCGGCGGCAGCAGUGACCCAAAGAGUGGCACGGUUUUGGUUUUACACGAGGCCCGCCACGCCGGGGCGUUGUUUACCUUCCAUUACGACUAUCACCUUAUACAGCACAAAGGCGGUAAAUACAUCCAUCCUAAAGGCGGCAGCGUCAGCCCGCCCAACGACACUGAGCUCGUGCUACACGAGGACGUCCACGACGGCAUGCGAUGGGUGGUGGUCACCGUCAACAACGUCGAGACGCCACUCUACGUGCAGUGACGUUCUCUCGCUGAUAAUUUCUUAAAUAUCAGUGUUUUCAUUUUGCUUUUUUUUUCUGUAGAAUACACAAUACUUGUCCCAUAACAUUGCUGAUGUACUAUGUAGAACCUGUUAUAGAGUGUUUCUUUCAGAGAGUACCUAAGCCCUAUUGCAUUGUCAUAGAAGACAUUUUGACUAAGACUGUUAAUGCAAAAUGCUAAUCUUGUAUGUGCAAUUAAAACAAUAUGUCUACA